GCGCGUUCACGCGAUCAGACGCUGAUCAGUCCGCGCGACCAGAACGGAUAUUAUUUACCCCAGAAUCCACAUAAAACCACCGGUUAAAGAGGAACAAAGGGAGCACGGGAGUUAAGAACGGAAAUGUCUGUAGCGGGGUUCAAAAAGCAGUUUCAUAAAGCGACACAGAAAGUCAGUGAGAAGGUCGGAGGGGCCGAGGGCACUAAACUGGACGAUGACUUCAAAGAAAUGGAAAAGAAAGUGGACACCACGAGCAGAGCGGUGCUCGACAUCAUGACCAAAACCACAGAAUACCUGCAGCCAAACCCCGCAUCCAGAGCGCGGUUGAGCAUGAUCAACACCAUGUCAAAGAUAAGAGGUCAGGACAAGGGUCCAGGUUACCCGCAGGCUGAGACGGUGCUGGCAGAAGCCAUGCUGAAGUUCGGUCACGAGCUCGGAGAAGAGUCCAGCUUCGGUUUGGCUCUGUUAGACGCUGGCGAAUCGAUGCGUGAGCUCGGUGAGGUGAAAGAUGCUUUAGAUAUAAACGUCAAACAGAACUUCAUAGAUCCUCUACAAAACCUGCACGACAAAGAUCUCAAAGAGAUACAGCAUCACCUGAAGAAGAUGGAGGGUCGUCGAUUGGAUUUCGAUUAUAAGAAGAAGCGUCAGGGGAAAGUGAUGGACGAUGAGAUUAAACAAGCGCUGGAGAAAUUUGACGAGUCGAAAGAGGUCGCAGAGCAGAGCAUGUUCAACCUGCUGGAGAACGAUAUUGAACAGGUGAGUCAGUUGUCCGCUCUGGUUCAGGCUCAGGUGGAGUAUCAUCAACAGGCCGCAGAGAUUCUACAGCAGCUCUCCAGCAAGAUUGAGGAAAGAAUAAUCGAGGCAUCUAAUAAACCAAGGAAGGAGUACGUCCCUAAACCCCGAAUGGAGCUUCACCUGCCCAGUGAGAAUUACAACGGAGGAAUAAACUCCACUAAAUCACCUGCACGCUCACCAGCUCCGUUAGAUCAGCCGUGCUGUCGUGCGCUGUAUGACUUCGAUCCGGAGAACGAGGGCGAGCUCGGCUUCAAGGAGGGUGACAUCAUAACUCUGACCAAUAAGAUCGAUGAUAACUGGUAUGAAGGCAUGAUCCACGGCCAAUCAGGAUUCUUCCCCGUCAACUACGUGGACAUCCUGGUGCCUCUGCCUCACUAGGCUCCGCCCACCCCCGCUGUUGCCUAGCAACCCAAGAGCCGCCUUUAUUGUGCAUCUGUGCUACAGCUUCACUUCCUGAUUCUGUUGAUAAGUGACUCAGAGGGUGAUAAUUAUAGACAUUACAGAGUCACAUCUGAGUGGAGAAACAGUCAAGUGCUCUGUGUGUGUGAGUGUAUUUGUGUCAGUGUGUGUGUGUGCGCUCCUUGACUCUUGGUUUUAUUGUCUAUUUUAUAUUGUUUUAUUUAUUGCAUUUCAGUUGUUUUUAAUUUAUUUGUAUUUGUUGCUGGCUUUGCCUCCAUUCUCCUGCACAGACACGUCCUGCCUGAUUCUUGUGACUUAUUAACUUUAAAACAGUUUUUCAACAUCCUUGUUCAUUUGUAGGGUGUCUAAACACUGCGUAAACUCUGCGAAUCCAUUGAUUUCAAUGGGGAUGGUGUGUCGCAAGAACGUAGAAGAAAAAUGCAAUGGUUUGUGGAAGUGAUGCUCUGUCAAAAAAUUUAUAUUUUUGCUGCAACACACUCUGACGUAGGCAUCCAUUGACCAAUGAGAAUUUUAGAGAGGUGGGUCCAGUUUUGCUUUCAGAAAUUUGCAGUAUUAUUGCUUUAAUUUUAAACUGACACGUCUCUUUUCACACUAUCAAAAUGGAUCUUAUACAUUCCUAUCCGUCAGAGCAUUUUCAGUCAGUGUUUUCUCUAUUGUCUAAGCACUCUUGUUCUUCUUUAAUCUGAAAAGACAUUGCACUCUAUUUCAUUUUGUCGAAUUGGUCCCACAGUGAAAUCUCAUUGAAAUAUAUUAACCAUCAAACCAAAACUAGAAUAGAAAAUCAUAACCAAAUCUUUUUAUUUUGCUUGUUUAAAGUGCUUGUUGUUUAUUGUUUAAAGUGAAAUAGGAAAAUGCAAUAACAAUAUUAAAAGUAUCUGGUCUGAACAGAGAGUAGAUGCACUGUUUGACGCUCAAUUGUCUUGAUGUAUCUGGACAGUUUGUGAGUUUUUCAGGCAAAUGCAGCAUCUUGUUGCUUUGACAACUGAGUUCUGAUUCCAUCUGAAAUUCUGGACAACUAGCUCAGACCAGCUUAAGGUGGGUAAGCUGGUUUUUGGACCACAGUAGCUGAUUAGUUGCUGAUCCAAAGUGAUCUACCACCUCUAACCAGCUUGACUUAAUGGUCUAACAGGUUGAUCUCGGCCUGACCAGCUAUUAGUUCAGCUGAUCAAUCAUCUAGACUAGUCUGGACCAGCUAAUGACCAGCUAGAAACCAAAAGUUGUCCAAAGUGGUUUACCAGCUCUAACCAGCAUGACUUCAUGGUCUACCAGGUUGAUCUCAGCCUGACCAACUAGCAGUUCAGCUGAUCGACCAUCUAGACUAGUUUGGACCAGCUAAUGACCAGCUAGAAACUAUCUAUUACCAGCUACUAGCAAAGGACAACCAGGUACAACAAGGUCAUAACAGCUUAAGGUGGUCAAGCUGGUUUUUGGAACAUGAUGGCUGUUUUUUAGUGGCUCAAAUUGGUCUACCAGCUCUAAUCAGCUUCAGCCUGACUAGCUGGUAGUUAGGCUGAUUAACCAUCUAGACUAGCUUGAACCAGCUAAUGAUCAGCUUUACUAGCUAGAAACCAUGUAUAACCAGCUACCAGCAAACAACAACCAGGUCAUAACUUCUUAAGGUGGUUAAGCUGGUUUUUGUAACAUGGUAGCUGGUCAGUUGCUGGUCCAAAGCAGUCUACCAGCUAUAACCAGCUUGACUUGAUGGUCUUCCAGGUUUAUCUCAGCCUGUUCAACUAGUUGUUCAGCUGAUCAACCAUCUGGACUAGCUUGUACCUGUUAAUGACCAGCUUAUAACCAGCUACCAGUAACCUUUGACCAGUUAUAACCAGAUCAUAACUGCUUAAGGUGGUCAAGCUGGUGUUUGGAAAUAGUUUGUUGCUGGUCCAAGGUGGUCUACCAAUUGAUCUCAGCCUGACCUACUAGUAGUUUAGCUGAUCAACCAUCUAGACUAGUUUGGACCAGCUAUUGACCAGCUAGAAGCCAUUUUUAACCAGCUACCAGCAAACGACGACCAGCCACAACCAGGUCAUAACAGCUUACGGUGUUUAUGCUGGUUUUUGGAACAUGGUAGUGGGUAAGUUGCUGGUCCAAAGUGGUUUACAAGCUAUAACCAGCUUGACUUGAUGGUCUACCAGGUUGUUCACAGCCUGACCUAUUAGUAGUUCAGCUGAUCUACCAUCUAGACUAGCUUGGAACAGCUAACGACCAGCUAGAAACGAUCUAUUACCAGCUGCUAGCAAACAACAACCAGGAACAACAAGGUCAUAACAGCUUAUGAUGGUCAAGCUGUUUUUUGGAACAUGGUAGUGGGUAAGUUGCUGGUCCAAAAUGGUUUACCAGCUCUAACCAGCUUGACUUGAUGGUCUUCCAGGUUGAUCUUAGACUGACCUAUAAGUAGUUCAGCUGAUCAACCAUCUAGACUAGCUUGGACCAUCUAGAAAAUAUCAAUAAACAGCUACUAGUAAACGACAACCAAGUACAACGUCAUAACAGCUUAAGGUGUUCAAGCUGGUUUUAAGAACUUGGUGGUUUUUUUUUUAACUGGUCCAAAGUGGUCUACCAGCUCUAACCAGCUUGACUUCAUGGUCUACCAGGUUUAACUCAGCCUAUUCAACUAGUUGUUCAGUUGAUCAACCAUCUGGACUAGCUUGUACCUGUUAAUGACCAGCUUAUAACCAGCUACCAGUAACCAUCGACCAUUUAUAACCAGAUCAUAACUGCUUAAGGUGGUCAAGCUGAUGUUUGGAAAUGGUUUGUUGCUGGUCCAAGGUGGUCUACCAAUUGAUCUCAGCCUGACCUACUUGUAGUUUAGCUGAUCAACCAUCUAGACUAGUUCAGCUGUUUUUUUGGAACAUGGUAGUGGGUAAGUUGCUGGUCCAAAGUGGUUUACCAGCUCUAACCAGCUUGACUUGAUGGUCUUCCAGGUUGAUCUUAGACUGACCUAUAAGUAGUUCAGCUGAUCAACCAUCUAGACUAGCUUGGACCAUCUAGAAAAUAUCAAUAAACAGCUACUAGUAAACGACAACCAAGUACAACGUCAUAACAGCUUAAGGUGUUCAAGCUGGUUUUAAGAACAUGGUGGCUGUUUUUUAACUGGUCCAAAGUGGUCUAUCAGCUCUAACCAGCUUGACUAAGAUGGUCUACCAGGUUUGGCCUGACCAGCUGGUAGUUUUAUAUCCAGCCACCAGCAACUGACGCCCAGGUACAACCAGGUCAUAACAUCUUAUGGUAGUCAAUUUGGUGUUUGGUUUGUUACUGGUCAACUAACUUUACUAAGAUUGUCUAACUGGUUGACCAGGGCCCCACCAGCUGGUGGCCCAGCCAUCAAUCAUCUAAACAAGCUUUGGACCAGCAAGAAACAAUUUUCAACCAGCUAGUUUUAGCUGGUCUGUCCAGCAGGGGCCGUUAUAUUCAUAGUUCAAUCUCAUGAAGGUUUAAUCUCAGUUUAACGAAAUACUAGAUGCAGCAUAUAUAGUUGAUACAACAUAAAAAGUCUUAUUUUUGAAAAAGUGGUAUUUCCACGGAUGCCAAGAUUGUGUUAAAGGAUGUGCGCUGGAUAUUAACAUGCAUGUGUAUGUGUGCGAACAAUCAGUGUUACAACACCCUGAAUAGAGUAUGUGAUUGUUUGGAGUUUCCACCGUAAUAUAAUACUAGUUACUACUGUAGUUUACAUCGUAAGUGCAGUGAUGUUUGUAAGCACAUGUGGUAUGAGCAAGAUAUUUUUUAAUGUUCAUCAAAUUGGUUGAUUGCAGCUGAUGAACAUUGCGUAUAAUCUUUAGCUUGACGUCGUUCGUGUAACAGGCAGAACUGUAGCAGGAACUUGUUGUCGUUGUGGUCGAUGGACCUUGUUUUAAUCACUAAUUCUUUCGAUGCCGUGAGCGUGUUCGGCCUUCGUUUGAAAUCUGCUGCGCACUGCCGUGACUAUUUUUAUGACGUUUCAUGCGCGGUCAACUAUGAGCAUCCACAGGGGACGCAAUUUAACGUCCAUAUGGUUAAAAAAAACAUAGCUGAGAGAUUCAUAUUUUCGUAAUUUCUGGUCAUUUUAUUCAGGGCUGGUAGCUGCGUAAAUGCAUCGUCAGUGAAGGAUAAUUUAUCUGAGUAAACGUCUGUGCCAUCUGAUCUUACACCGUGUUAAUACCAGACGCAACGCCACAAAGCGACAAAUGAUUAACGCUACCUCUUCCAUGUUAAAGUUGACUUUUUGUCCUAACCUUCUGCGACAAAACCUGCAAACAAAUUGUCACUAGUUACGUUUCUGUUUUCAUUGUGUUAUGCCGGGUAGCCUCGCCCACAAUGAAAUCUCAUUGGACCAAAACUGUACUUCAAAUAGCUUCCUGAACUAUUGUUAGGCGAUUGUUUGGCGUCGCGCAGUGUUUUUACUUAAAGCGAAAGCAGAAAAAAAAAAUAGUCCUGGAAACUUUUCGUGUCGCCAACGCAAGAUACCACAGGACAUUUUGUUGUGUUGUCUUGGGUAGUUGUUAAAAUAGUUCUCGAGAUGUGCCUGGUUAGGACACGGUAUCGUACUGAAUCUACAAUCAGGAAUGUUCCUGUAUAUAAUUUUGACUCAUCCCUCGUUUAUUAAAAAAUAGCACAAAUUGCGGCUAUAGUGAUGGGGGGCAAAUCGGUAAAUAAUAAAGUGCACAUUGUUUCAAAAGUAUUGAAACGAGACGUAAACAUUAUACGUAUGAUUUUAGUGUGAUAGAUUUAAGGAUUUGUCGGCAUUACGACGUUUAUCUGGUUACAUGGUUUACCGGCGUGAUUUAAUAUUGUAUAUAACUUUACACUGAAAAGGUUAACACACAUAUUGUUGAUGUCUUGUGUCUAUACUUUUGAAACAGUGAGUAUUUUAAUGUUUACAGAUUGACCCCAUUGACUUCCAUUGUAAGUGUCUCACUGGAACACACAUUUAAAGAAAAGGACGGAUGUUUUGUGGUUAUCAUCAUUAUGACACAAAUGCUCGACUGAGCUGAACUUGUGUUUUUGGUUUCUAAUGUUCUCAUUCUUAAAAUAGAAGUGUGCAGUGUUACUAUCGAUAGUAUUACCAUACCGAUUUCAGAUUUGUUCUAGUCAGUCUUUUCUAAUAUUGGGCAAUAACUGUAACAUAACACUCAAUCAGGUGGCUGUGAGAUCUACUGUAUAUUAAUAAUAUAUAUAUAUAUAUUAGUUAUAUAUUUGUGUUUGAGUGUACCGUCACUGGCAGUAUGAAAACAUUCAACACACGACAUGCACACUAUUUUUCAGAGUGAAAUACCCAUAAUGUGACGUGCAGAUGUGUGUGUGAUAGAGUGAAAGUUUGUAUGAAAAAGAGUAAAUGUGUUUGUGAGAUGUUUUGCACGUUUUGAAGGUGGAUGUUGAAAUUAUUCACACUACAGAGAUUCACCUUUAUGAAUCGGUUUAUUAUAGUGUAUGUUUACCAUUUCGUUAUUUGAUGUAUUUAUUUUGGUUACUCUUUUUCCUGUGCUGGACUACAAACUUGUAUUACUUGAUGUGAGAUCAUAAUGAAAAUAAACAAUUUCACUGCAACCCCUGAUGCCUGUUUUUAAUUUAUCA